AUGAAAUCAGUAUAAAACUUUAAAAUUGUCUCAAACAUGAAAGCAUACUUUUCAGAUGAUAUUCAAUGCCUUUAAAAGAGAGUUGAUGCUCCUGAUACUAGUUAAGAUAGUAUAAGUAGUGAUCAAAUGUUAUUGCCGGAUUUAAAAUCAAUAAUCUUAAACCAAAGUGACUUAAUUAGGGAAGAUUAUAAUGGGCUUCGUCUUACUGAAUCACAUUCAAGAAGCCGCACAACUAAUUCUUCAAGUAACCUUUUUAUAUUUGAAGAGCAAUUUGCCAGUAUUGAUUCAAUAUCUUCAGACUUAAUAUCAGAUGAAUUUUGA